AUGCAUUAUGUUGAUUUAUCGAAGAAUCCGGAACGAUACACGGGAUACAAAGGAGAUUCAGCCAUUCGUGUAUGGAAAAGCAUUUAUCAGGAGAAUUGCUUCAAACCCGACAUGAAGUUCGACAAAAACUUUCUGAUGCACCCCGACAACUUCGGGUUAUGCUUGGAGAAAAGAGUUUUCUAUAGACUCAUCUCGGGUUUCCACUCUGCUAUCACAAUAUCAAUAGCGGCAUACAAUUACAAACCUGCACCUGCUGGAUUCGGACCUGGAACAUGGUUCCGCAAUACUGAGAUGUUUGCCGGGCGAUUCGGAACGAAAUGGAGCUGGGAGGGACCACAACGAUUGAAAAAUGUUUAUUUUGUGUUCCUGCUGGAGCUGCGUGCUCUUCUGAAAGUUGGACCUUAUUUGCAAAAAGAGCUGUUUUACACUGGCAAUGAAAAGGAGGACAUUGAAACUCGUGUUGCGAUCGAUGAGUUGUUGGACAUCAUUCGACAGUUUCCAGACCAAUUCGAUGAACAUGAGCUGUUUACGGGUGUAGAAGCACAUGCUCGCGAACUGCGAGAGGAAUUCAGAUCACAUUUCCUCAAUAUUUCACGGAUAAUGGAUUGUGUUGCUUGCGAUAAAUGCCGGUUGUGGGGAAAAGUUCAAAUUCACGGCAUGGGUACCGCACUGAAAAUCCUUUUCUCAGAUCUACCACAUUCUCACUACAUGGUUAAUUCUAAAGGAUCCAUAGUAAAUGCUCCGUUCCAGUUGACUCGGAAUGAAGUGGUUUCGUUGUUCCAAAGUCUUGGAAGGUACUCGUCCAGCAUCAAGGAGAUCGACGAAUUCCGAAAAGAAAUGCUAGUUGGUUACCGUGGUAUAGAUGAGUUAUGA